AUGGAUCUUUCUAGCAAAACUGGAACUAUUUUAUCAAACUUGGGUGGGUUGAUGAUUAUAAACAAGGACGUGCAAAAUGUAACUAUUGUGAUCAUAAGUGCAAUGAAUCUAUUGUUCGAUGCGAAGGACAUCUUAAAUCAGAAAAUAGUUUAA